AUCCCCGUGUACAAUAGAACUGCGACAAUACAAGCUCGUUGAAUAUCCAUCUUCCUAGUAUACUGUAUUUCUGAGAAAUCUUGUGAUAUGAGUUGGUCCGGAUUCAAGAAGGGCGUAAACAGAGCGGGUACAACGCUGCUACAAAAAACUGGUCAAAUUGAACGUACUGUGGAUAGGGAGUUUGCAGAUGAAGAGUCCAAGUACAGAGCGUAUGAGAAGGAAUGCCAAGUUCUUCAGAAGGACAGCAAGAUCUAUGGUGAUUCCAUGCGAGCCAUGACUGCUGCUCAGGUACGCAUAGCAGAAACCAUCGAGACGUUUUAUGGUGCCGCAGAUAAAACAUCUGAUGGUGCCAUGGCUGGUCACGCUUUCAAAAGCGCCAUAGAGGAUCUGGAUGGUGGUAUUCAAAGAGAACUUGAUGCACCUUAUAGAACUACUAUAAUGGAGCCGCUGGGCAAAAUGAAUGCUUACUUCCCGGUUAUAAACGAGCAUAUAUCCAAACGGAACAAGAAGCUACUGGAUUACGAUGCCUCUAGGAGUAAGCUACGGAAAGUCAUCGAUAAGCCGAGUGAAGAUCCCACCAAGCUGCCCAAGGCUCAACAAGAACACGAUGAUGCCAAGGAGGUUUUCGAUAUGCUCAACGAACAGCUUAUCACCGAACUCCCUCAGCUGCUCGAUCUCCGCGUUCCUUUCUUUGAUCCGAGCUUUGAGGCCAUGAUACGCAUGCAGUGCAAAUUUGCUGAGGAAGGCUACGAGAAGAUGAGUGCCGUACAGAGAUACUUUGCAGAUAACAUCAGAGACGAUUACGCCGCUGGACAGUUGGAUGCACAGGUGGAAGGAAUCCUCGAAGAAAUGAGGGAGCUUUCAAUAUGCGGUGCGAAUUAAAGGACGAUCGUGUGAUGACUGGGCGUUGUAGGAGUGAGAGAGCAUCGUGGUGUCUUCGUGUUGUAUAAUUACUUUCAGUACAUGGCAGUAUUACUAUUCUUACAAUUCCAGAUAUACCUGCCAAAGAAGCUUUCU